GUUUGUGGAUGUACGCGCGCGGUACCGCUUGUUCUUUUUGUGAGUUUCGCAGAUUUAUAAAGAGAUUAUUUUCAGUGCAAAUAUCUACAUUAAUGUGACAAUUUAAAGUGUUUAAAUGCUAAUUUUUACUGAAUAUUGAACAGACAGUGUACAGUGCAGAAGAACUAAAUAUUAUAUCUACAUAAUAACUCCUUAACGGGGAGUUUUUAUAAGAUUUCCUUUAGUGUAAUAUAAAUGCAGGCAGCAAUGGCGUAAGGGUGAAUGCAAAAAAAGAAUAAACAUUUUGCUGACAAAUAUAUAUUUAAAAAUGGACGAAAUUGAAUACCUGGAAGAGUACGAAGAUUUAAUUCUACCAACAAUGAGUACUCAAACUGCAACUACUAAAGGUCGUAACAGGACUAAUCUUGUUACUAUGCCAGAUGAUGAGGACUCUUCUUCUAUAGAUCAAGAUAUUUUCGACAGUUUAUUCGAUGAUAACUCGGACGACGAGUCUGUAAUGCAUAAAAAAGGGCCUGCAAAACUGAGUCAGCGUAGUGAACACAGUUCACGAUAUUCUCGCGUUUCCAUGGACUCGCUCGAUAUGCUUGUAAAAGAAUUAGGUGAGCCAUUCAAUCCAAAUACAGAUGGUUCGAAAUCGACCAAUAAACCCCAACCUAAACAAAGCAAUGUUAAGGUUACUCAACCCAACAAAACAGUACAAAAAUCUACAACCACAACUACAAUGACAAAAGGUACCAACUCACCAACGCCUGCAUCUAGUGUGAGUAUGAAAACCAACAAAACAGAAGCAGCUAAAACAAUUGUGGAACGCAAUAACAAAACUAAAUCCGUGGCUACGGUAAGGCCAACAGUGCAACAGAAUCAGGGCCAAGCAUCAGCGUCAACAAAGAUAAUAAAUUCAAAUGAUAACGCGUUGCCAACAACACGCAUAUUACAAAGCAAUAGAAGUUGUGGUAUUCAAAAUGCGAAAAUAACUAGUGGUUCCACAAAUUCAGCUAAGGGAGCCUCGCCCACUCCGUCAACAUCGCGUAAACAAAUUUCAGCUGCUACUUCAACAACCAGCAGUAACAGUAAUUCGCUUAACAGUAGCAAGCAUAACACGCCAAUUACAGGGUCUAAGCGAAUUAUUGAACGUUCGCAGACAACCAUUAUAAAACCUGAAAAACCACAGAUUAAAGAUCCCGCAGAAGAUCCUUUAAGUUUGGAAAAUAUUGAAAAUGAAUCGGACAGCGAUACUGAUUCGUUUAUAUACUCCGAUGUAUCUGCUGAUACAUUCGUUACAUUGAGUGAUGUGGACUAUGAUGAACGGCAUAUUAUUGAAUUGUCUAACGACUCCAACUAUGAACGUGCUAAUCUAGACAAAAUACGUGGGUCAACGCCUUCCCCCACAGUUUCUGAUGAUUAUAAAAGUGAUAAGGAGGAUACCCAGACAAAAAUGACGUCGAAAUUUGAGGAAAAUUCUAAGGAGGGCUCUGUAUUGGAAAGAAAUGCAAAUGUUACGUCGAAAUUUCGAGUACGACAAUAUGUUGACGCCGAGGUAACAACAAGUCGUCAACGAAAACAAGAAACGCCUAGUAUUUCGAAUGAUAAAUUGUCGAAUGCGGAAAUAAAUUCAACAUCAAAGGAUACGCUAUUGGAGCGUAUAGAUACUGUGCUAUCCGUAGGAAAUGAUAAAGCAGAGGAGCUUAAAUUUAAUGCGAAACAUAUUGAUAAAGUCGAAUCUGAAGUUGAAGUUGUAAUUGAUAGUACAGAUGAGGCCAAAGAUAAGAAAACGGAUAAUAUGCCAGAAAGUGCAAAAGCUUGUGAUCACGUGGAUGACAUGCCAAUUGUAAAGCCAGGAGUAAUUCAAGAGCCAUUCACAACUGAAACAAUGGAAAUCGAUAUGGGAGAAAUUGUGGAGGAAGACGUUGAAAAAGAAAAAAAUAAUUUGAAGGAUAAAAUUAAGGAAAAUACUGUUGAAGAAAGUAAAGAAAUGCCAGAUUAUGAUAGAACUCCUAAUGACGCAAUAAGGGUUACAACAAAUAAAAAAGUUGAUGAUGUAAUACAGAACUUGCCAACUACUGAAAAUAUUGAUGCAUCUGUGCACCAACUAGAAGUCAUAAGUGAGCAGGUUGUCGAAACAGUGGAGAGCGCUGAGACAAACGAAACCUUAAAUACAAAACAAAAUGACACAGAGUGCACUACAAAUGUGUGCAACGAAAGAGAAGUGAGCGAAAGAAAUGCUAAUGAACUACAAGAAGCGGCAGUUGCAGUAGAAAGUGUAACUAAUAAAACUCCAAAUAUUUGUAAUGAAGAUCAAGUGGGAAAUGUAGAGGCAGAAGUAGCUCCUAAAAACAUGGCAGAUGAAAGCAAUAGCAAUAGUGCGAUAAAAACAGAUGGCGAAAAUGUUGAAAGCCAAGGUGACGUAAACAAAAUAGAAAAGGAUGAUACCAAAGCGCAUGCCGAAAAAGACAUCGAUCAAGAAAAUUUCGGGCUGAACACGGGAGAGGAAACAAAUGCAGAGUUGCAAUUGAAGAAAUACGAAGAACAAAAUAAAAUAAUAGCAACAUAUGCUACGAAACAAAUUGAGGAGACUGAAAAUAGCAAAAAGGAUGAAAUUAAAAAUGAAAGCUCGUCAGAAAAUUUAAAAUCACAAAAGGAGAAUGAGGAAGACUGUGCGAUCAGUUCGAAAAAUGCCAAAGCAUCGCAAGAAACUGUUAAGAAAAUCCGUGGAACGGAUAAACAACGCGUGAGCCUAAGGCGUUCAGAGACACCCGUGAGUACCAAAUUUACGGAAAGUAAAUCGCAGAUUGUUGCCAAGAAACCAACCGAGAAAGAAUCUAAAUCUACCAAUGAUAUGAAGAAAGCUGCAUCAAAAGCUAGUGCUGAAGCAGAUGUAGAAAAAGUGGUGGAUGAUGUUUAUAUAUCGGACGGAAAGAAGGAUGCAACGGUUGUAUCUAAAGAUGGCAAAUCGAAUGAAGAUAUCGAAAGUGUCAAUAUGAAAGAAGUAGGAAAAAGGUCACAAUCCAGCAGGAACAAAAGUAAUACACAAAAAACGUAUAGCAAAAUUGAUGACAGCAAGAGUAUUAGUAAAUCCAAUAUGGAGACGGAUAAGACAAGUUCUGAAAUACAAUACAGGAAGUCUAGAUACGAUAAAAAGGAAGAGGUUUUACGAGCAGUUUCGAAUAGUGAACGUAGCGACGUAGCGGAACCACAAUCUGUAGAUGGAAAGCAGGAAGUUCGUGAGACAGAAUAUAGCAGCACAGUAAAAGAUGUAGAUGAAAGGAAACUCAUAAAAGAAGUAAUAGCAGAGACACAACCUAAACCCGAAGAUAUGAUGCGCUUAGAAAAGUGCAAAACGCCUGAAUUGACACCAAGACACGAUAGAAGAGUGCGUGGACUAGUGGUCUCCUUGAAGAAGACCGAUUUAUCAAAAGUUCUUAAUGAAAAACUUUUACGAAAAAUAAACACCCAAGCAAAAGGUGAAAUGCCAACUGAUGUAAAGGAGAGUGAAACAGCAGCCGACGGCAACAUAGAAAAAGCCAAAAUAGACUCGAAAGAGCAAGAAAUGCCGACGGUUACAAUAAAAAGUAGAUCGAAGGAGGAUAUGUCUUCAGAUAUAAAGAAAAAGGAUUCUUCCGUUGAAAAAUCAACAGAAGUAGGAAACAAAGAUUUAAAAGUCGAAAAUACUACAGAGAAAGCAAAAGAAGAUACUAAACACGAUAAUCUUAAAGAUAAAGCUGAUAUAUGUAGGAGGGAUGAAAAAUCGGGCGAGAGCUCAAAGAGGUACUCUAAAUAUGAAACACCUAGCAGUAAAAGCAGGCGAGAGCGAAGUACUGAUAAAUCUGUAGAAAAAGUAAGUGAGUAUUCGAAAUCCAUGAAAGUUGAGGAUAAAGCAGAACAUUCAUCGAAAGAAAUCUGUAAUAAAGCAACAAAUAAGGAUUCAAGAUUAGAAAAAUUUGCAGAUGAUACAAAAAGAUAUUCAAGGGGUGAAAAAAUUCCUGAAAGGUCAAAGAGAGAAUCAAAAUAUGAGAGGUCUACGGAGAGAGCAAAGAAGGAAUCAAAGGAAGAAAACCCUUCAGAAAAAUUAAAGACUGAUUCUAAAGAUUCUACAGAUAGAACAAAGAAAACUUCGAAAGAGGGAAAGUCGAUGAGUGAUGGCAAGUAUGAAACAGAAAUGAAGGAAUCAAAAGACAAACCUGAGUAUAAAAUGAGGGGAGACUCAAAAGAAGAAAGAUCAAAAGGUUCUUCCAAAAGGUCUACAGAGAGAGCUAAGGAGGGUUCAAACGAAGUAAAAUCUGCUGAAAAAACAAAGACUAAUUCAAGAGAGUCUAUGGAGAAGAAGGCUCCAAAAGAAGAGAAAUUUUAUGAAAAAUCUAAAAAAGACUCAACAGAAAUAUUUGAUGACAAAUGUCAAAGAGACUCGACAGACGAAAAAAGUGUCGAAAAAAUUAAGGGUGAAUCAAAAGACUUUACACAUAGGACAAAUAAAGACACAGAUGAGGCAAAAUCAACGCGCCUUUCAAGAUGUGAUAAAUCUAUAGAGCGUUCAAAGAAGGACUCAAAGGACGAAAAAUCUGAGAUAAAUCUAAAUAAAGUUUCAAACCAGAAAACACCAUCUGCAGAAGCUAAGAUGGAAUCAAAGCAUGAAAAGUCCGCGGAUAGAUCCAGGAAAAAUUCAAAGGAAGAAAAAGUAAGGGGUGAUUCUAUAGAGCGCUCAAAGAAGGACGAAAAAUCUAAAAUAUAUGCAACUAAAGUUCCAAAUGAGAAAAAAACAUCAGAAGAAGCUAAGAUUGAAUCAAAACAUGAAAAGUUCGCCGAUAGAUCCAGGAGAGUUUCAAAGGAGGAAAAAGUAAGGGGUGUUUCGAAAGAGGAAAAAACUUCAGCGUCAACAAGAGUUGAUUAUAAAGAAACAAAAAAAUCGGAGCAAUCAAAGUGUCAUUCAAAACAAGAAAAAUGUACAGACAAAGAAAAGAAAGACUCAAAAAGUAAAGAAUCUGAAACAAAGGCUGCAAUUUUUUCGAAGGAAGAUAAACCUAUAGAUAAAACAAUUGAAGAUUUAGAAAAAACCCAAGAGGUAAAAGCAAAGUCAGAAGAUGACAAAAUUACCGAUUAUCGGCAGUUAAAAUGGAAAACUGAGAAAUACACACGGAAAACGAAAUCUCCUAAAGAUACUCAGACAGUGUCAGAUAGUGAACUGAACGUUGAAAAGGAAUCUAAAAAUGGGACUUGUGAAGCAAAGCAAUCUACCGUACUAACUGUAAUGCAAACCGAAACAAGCGAUAAGAAAACUAUAAGGCAAAAUUCGGCACUCUCUGAUGAGUUAAACAUGGAAUCAAAUGCAGACUCCACAGAAACUGAAACUACUCAAAAUUGCGAAGAGAGCGAAAGCAGAUUAAUAGAUUCCACUGUUGAGAGUCGAAAAGAAGAUAUAGAAGUGACAGAAGAAAAGGGCGAUGCUAACGAUAAUGUAAAUACUAGUAAAGUUGAGCAGAACGAUAAUAAAGGUCACACAAUGAGUGAAAACGUCGAUAACACUCAAAACGAGCGCUGCGAAUCUCAAAAACCCAAAGAAAGCAAGCAUGAAUAUCAAGUAAAUAAAGAUACAAAACAAACUACUCUUAGUACAAAGAAAGCUGAAAAGGAAACAGCUAUUAUCGGAAGCACUGAAAAAGCUGAAUUAAUAACAGCUGCUACUGAAAACACUGAUAAAUCUAAGACAGAUGGAGUUGUUGCAAAUAGCGUUAGCGAAAAAUAUGCUUCGAGAAGAGGGAAGUUCUAUAAAACACGAGAUAAAAAAGCUGAGCUUAAAAACGAAGAAGAGUCUGCUGAAAAAGACGGACCGGAAGCUAAAGCUGACAUCAAAAACGAAGAAGAGUCUGCUGAAAAGGGUCCGGAAGCUAAAACAGUUGCAGAAAAUUCAGAGGGUACACUUCAAAAGAAAGUUGAAAAAGAAAAGGAACACAAAACUGCACAAAAGCAAGAAGAGAACAAAACGGAAAUUGUAGAAAGCAAUGAUGUAGGUAAAGUGGAAACUACAAAUGUUGCCGAACGCGACCAAAAGGUAUUGCAAGCAACAAAAGUUGACGAAAAUGCCACGAAAAAACGAGCUAAAUCCCGAAGAGUUGCUGAAAACACACACAAACGAGAGAUUACGAAUAUGGAAGUUGAAGUAGAAGAAGAAAUAACAAAAAAUGAACGAAAGAUGAAUGAUACUACAAUAGAGAAUAAAAAUGUAGCUGAAUCCCCAGAUAGCAAAGCAGCACCAAAAGUUGUGGGUAGUGCCGAUAAAUUACUAAAUCCAAAUGAUACGCAAACGGUUGACGAAAGUGCGAACGAGAAUUUAAAUAAAGAAGUAGAAGAUGCAGCGCUGAAUGCCGACGAAAUUGAACAUAACCAAGCUAAAGCUGGAACAUUAAAGGAAACCGUAAACACAACGUUAGAUGUGAAUGCAAAAACUCAAACAGCAGAUAAAAAUGCAAAUAAGAAUGUCGAUGCUGAAUCUGUUAACACGACUGAGAAAAAUUAUUCAAGUCAAACUCAUGGAGAUAAUAACGUAGCAAAUAAGGACGUAACGACAGAGCACGAGGGCAACACAGAAAAUACAGAUCAAUCAAGUAAGCAAGAGUUUUCUACGCAACAAACACCAACAACGAAGGAGAAAGGUGCUGUGGAAAGUGAGAAGGAAUCAGCAACUGGAAGUGGCGGUAGCAGAACCACGAAACAUAAUCGUAUACGCAAUAAUGCAGAUAUAAAAAUAAUUUCUCAAUCGCCACAACUGCAGUCGGCUGACGAGGACGAGCAUGAGGGCGCGACCCGUCGUUCAAUGCGCACGCGCGCUGCCGAUCAUUCGACUAGCAUUAAAAACGAUACUCACAAGAAAUGUGUUAAAGCUACUGCAAAUCAAACGCCAAUUUCGGCAAAUGUUACACAAAAGCUGCAAAAAGAGCAACCGAAUAGCAGUCGAAAUGCUACAGCGACGCCAACCACGAAUUUGACACGCAAGCGCAUGCGUGAUCUCACGCCAAACACAUUAGACGAAAAUAACGAUUUUUCAUUAGAACAAGAAAAGUCGCUGAGCAAAAAAUUAAAAUGGGAGUCGGUACGAAAAUCUUCACGCAUACACCACGAUGACGUUGACACCAGCGAAGGUGAACCUGAUGCCGCUGCGCUUGCCCAACGAGGCGUCAAAUCCUUUAGCGCAAAGGAAAGUCCAGCAAGCAUGAGCGCACAAGAGAAGCAAGGCAAAUCAACGAAAAGUGGCAAGAGUAUAAGUGAGAGUGCAACCAAUGUGGCAACAAAGCAUAGCACUGUCUCCGAAGUUAAGCAAUCGCUAACCGGCGAUAACCUAAAAACUUCUAAAACGCGCGAAAAAGCAAUUAACACCAGUCAAAACGCUAAUAAAACUCACACGCCGGAAAUGAAACGUAAGCAGGAAUAUGAAAAGUUACCAACCACAACAACAUCGACCGAGCCGGGCAAGAAGCGUAGAGCUGAUUUGGAAAAUGCACAACAGUCAGCCAAGAAGUUAGCACGUGCAAAUGAUGAGACCACACAGCAACAAAAGAACACAAUGUCUAAAAGCGCAGUUAAACAAGCACCGUCCACCUCGACUGGCACGCCUACGGCUGUAACACUGUCAAUGGCAACAGAAGACACUGAUCCAUUGCAAUUGCCGGUGAAACGCUUUAAACGAUUACAAGCCAUCGAUGGUUAUGAUACAUUAAAUAUAAGCGAGGAGCGCAAAGAAAUUAAAGCAGAAGAGUUGGACCACAAAAAUGUAACAUCAAAACGUAAAUCAUUGCGCGCGGCAGGGCCAACUGAUAGCACCAAAACGGCUGAAACAGCACAUAAGUCAACACCAAAACAACAAAUUCAACAGCAACAGCAGCAACAAAGAGCUGUACCAGCAAAGCAAGUAGAAGCCACAACUACUGUGUCGCUUAAGGACAGGAAGAUUGCUGUACCCAACCGGACCGGCGAAGAUGCAAUGAGCAGUUCAAGCAAAUCACCCACAAAAUCACCUGGUUCUAAGGUAAUCACUUUCAAAGAGUGGUUAGAGCAACAGAAGAAAAAUACCUCUGAAGACGGUGGUGAAGAAGUGCUCUUUGAGCCCGAUGAAAGUGCCAUACGUAUGGAUAAUGUUGCGACUGCCACAACGGCGGAGCCGAACCGCGGCAAUCUAAGCUCCAGCGAAGUAAGGACUGUUGCCGAACAGAAACCAAAUGAGACAACAGUGGUGCAAACCGUAUCCACUGAGGUCAGCGCUAGUAAAAGUUCAACCAAGAAAACGAAUGUACGUGAUGCCAAUAAAAGAAAGAGGCAGACAGAGGCGGCUUCCAAUGAAACGAAAGAAGGUGUUGCAAAUGAAUUGCCCAAACAGACGCCACCCGCUGCAAAGCAUGGGCGCAUUGAAAAAGUGGUCACACCAGCAGCAGCACAGUUUAAACGGCCAUCAUUGCCGCAAAGAGUGUCACGUCUGACACCAUCGCGAUUCAACAAUCGUCCAUCAACACAGACCGAUGGUCGCGCAGGCGUACACGGCACACAUCAACAUCUACGGAAAUUAACGGUACAACGGUUCGACGCUAAAAUGAAAUUGCGUAAAUUGCGUGUGCGCAUUAAUCGUUCCACCGUUGCAGCAUAUUUCAAAAAUUUGAAUUUAAAGGUUAAAGAGCAAGUUGUUGAGAAUCCGGUUAUCUCAACUUCGCAUUCAGUGACUGACAUUAUAUUGUCAGAAAGCGAAGCCAAAGCUACAGAGCCUUCGCAAAAACGUAGCUCUCAAAAGGAUCAACAUGCUCCAGCUAAGAAACGCAUAGUCAGCCAGCCUACAACAGCAACAACCCCAUUACAAUUGCCUACACUAACGGCGCGCCCAAAUGUUAUUUCUGCGGCAGAGAACAACGAUGCGUUGAAAUCUUCACCUGCAACUAUGCCAGCAUUAACGAAGGUGCCGCCCAGCGUGGAGCAAAAAUCUCCAACAAAAUCUCAAGAAAACACAGAUGCUUCCCAAACUGAGACAGCAGAUCAGCAAUUUGGCAGCACAGAAGAGUUAUCUCUGUUAACUCCAAUGAAAUGUGUCACAGUACCACAAUCGACGAACAACAGUUCACGUUCACAGCAACAACAACAGCAACCAAUUGCUUCAACAGGCGCUGAAGUUAUGCGUGAGAAACGCUCAAGCACGGCAAGUAGUUCUGACGCCAGCGUCACACAACGAUCGCAAUCGACUGGCAAGCAAACCAACAGCAGCAGCAGCUCCACAAUCACCGCCGCUAGCACUGCAAGUAUUGCUAACGAUACACAAUUACCAUUCACACCGGUAGUGCCUAAAGAAGAGGUAGUGGAUGAGCACACAACGCCCGCACAACAAGCAGCUGCUGGUAUUACGUCGGGCGCAAGCGCAGACAACGCCCCUACCACGAAUUCCUUAGCUUCGCGUACACUUGCUAUAGCAGCCGCCACCACUUCGGCACUCAAUCAAACGCCUACAAAUGAUCCAAGCGGUUAUUAUGGACUGACGCCGACACAGUUGGAUUCAAAUGGCACGCGUCUGUAUUCCUUCCUGCAUCCAGCUAAGUACAAUCGUAAUCACGGCUGCGUAUUGCUCGACUACUGUUGUCCAAAUCUGGACGGCCCAAUGCCUGCUAUUGAUCCGACACGUAUACACGCGCAAGUGCAAGCCGGCGUACGCGAACUGCCCGCGUACAUAGUGAUGUCAACGAAACUUAUAACACGCGCCGAUUUGGAGGCCAACAAGAAUGUUAUACCGGCUUCCAUCCGACAAAAGGUGGAAAAAAUCACUGCUGAUGCUACGAAUAUACCGACAAAUCAAACGUCUGUGCCGACGAUAGCAAAUGGUGCACCGAAUACAGCUGUAGCAAACGUAACACCGGUGGCACCACCUGUGCCCGUCAGCAAGCCCACAACAUCAACAACUGCACUAACGCCAACCAUAACGGCAUUGCAAAAACAUUUGCCCUCAACCACGGUCAUUACACCGAAAUUGAUGCCAUCGACAUCUACACCCACAAUGGCCACACUAGCAACAUCUCAAUUACCGACGGUAUCGGAUUAUCAGCGUUCUUUGUUGCGCACCAGCAUACGUCAGUUCGAUGCACGUCUCAAAAAAUACUAUUAUCGCAUUGCAAUGCUUUCGUUUUCCGAACGACAGACGAUUAUUGACAGCAUGAUCAACUCAACAACGCUGACACCCAAAGAUGUCGACUGUGCUGUGCGUUUGAUUGACGAGUAUGCUGCACAAAUCGCGGCAACUACUAGUCCGACCAAUGUAACUUCGCCAGCAAUACAAUCAGUAUCAAAAGCUAUAACAACACAAACCACCAACACUGUGGUGCGCACCACAACAAUACAGCAACAGUCACAGAAAUCGAAUUUGCAAAGUUCUAAAACUCAAGUUGCCGUCUUAGAUAAGGACAAUAGUUUAUUGGGUUAUCAGCUGGCAGCUUCACCAAUGCCGAUGAACAAAUCAUCAAUAUCUACAAGGUCCAGUAUAAUGUCGACGUCGAUAACAGGCAGCAUGAACACAUCGUUGCCAACUGUUACGACCACGUCGAGCAUUGUUUUACCCACACUGAAGGCUACACAGGCCUCACCAAGAAUUUUUUACACCAAACCUCCAAUGCAGACGUCUACACCGAUUGCAACAACUACUAGUAACGCUAACACACCGCUUAACGAUGGUAAAACCACAUCGCUGAGAAGUACACCACGAAUGGGGCGAGAGUUGACAAUACGUCAGAUUCCACAAAAACUAAAUUCAGUGCCGGUGUCGUCCUCAACGGCAUCCGGAACUCUACCAACACGCCGUUUACCAACAUUGACACGUAAUCCACAUCUGACAGCAGGCAGUUCGGCAGAAAAGAGCAUUUCCGAAACGAUUACAACGCGUUCGGCUGUCACCAUUUCAACUGCACCGAAGCGCAUGACACGCGCCACCGCAGCGGCCAAAGUGGUUGUGAUAACACAGAAUACUGAUGGCAAUGGUGCGCCGCAAGAUGAAUGUAUACUGCCGGACGGGCAUGAAAAUACUGAAAUUAAACGUGAGAAGGUCGAUGAUGAUUUCGUUGGUGGUAAUUAAAUAUAAUACAACAUAUAUUUUUAUCAUUUUUUAUAAUAAAAAUAUAAAAAUAGUAAUAACAAUGGAAAAACAACAACUAUUUAUAAGAUCAAUACAAUAUGACAACUACUUACCCAAUAGAAUGUUGGAAUGUUGUACGGGGAGUAGCGUAAAAUUGUUUUGCUAGAUUAAGUUUUACUAUAAUGACUUCAGUCCUUUAUAAGUUUCUCUCAAUUGCAUAAAUGUUUGCGAUUUUUUUGCAAAAUGGUGUUUAACAUUUUUUCUCAUUACUCUUCAUUUAAUUUGCAAACAAAUACAUACUAAAUAUGUAAACAUUAUUUCAUAUUUUAAUGUAUACAGAAUUUUAGUAAGAGCGGCUAAAUUUCUCACAAUAAGGACUAAAUCAAGCACCCAUGUUCAUCGAAUUCGCCUACAACUAUAUUAUACUGCAAUGUAUGACGUAACAUUUUAUUUACCAAUAAAUAUAUUUGUAUAUAUAGUAAUUUAUUGAAAUUACUAUUUUUCUAUUCUUGUCACAGCUAUGUAAGUCAAGAAGUGUAAAAAUAUGCUAUAAGAGUUAUUAAAUUUGAAAAAUGUGAGACCCAGCUACUCUAUUAUAAUAAAUGCAUACAUACAUAUAAAAUA